AUGGAUGAAAGUAUGUAUGUUUGUUACUCUUUCCAACCUAAAGCGGAACCUGAACCUAGAGCGGAACGUGUACCUAAAGCGCAACCUGAACCUAAAGCGGAACCUGAACCUAAAGCGGAACGUAUACCUAAAGCGGAACGUGUACCUAAAGCGGAACCUGAACCUAAAGCGGAACCUGAACCAGAAAAUGCAUCAGAGCCUGUUUCCGCGCCAGUGUUGAAAGGUAAAUCAGCUGUUCCUGUGAAAUCCAAAACACCUAGGAAGUAUAAACCGAAGAUAGAUUACUUUUCGAUUGCACGUCAAAUUGAUGAGGAGCUGGACACUGCAGUAGAUGAAGAUUCAGAACGCUACAAGAUAGAAAAUGUGGAAGACAGUUCAAUUGAUUUCCACAACUGCAAGACCACCCUGGCCGACAUCAUGAUGUUGUACGAAGAAGGCAAAUCCAAAGAAACCGAGAACAGUUGUAGGAGGUUUUUCAAUGGCACGCCCGGGCGUAAACCUGGCCGGAGAAAGAAAAUGAACAAAACGGGCUGGCCGAAUAAAAACAAACGGCAAUCCAAAAGAGGCCACAGCAAAGAAAAAGAAGAAAGCAAUAACAAUGAGAAUGAUGGAAGCACAGUUGACUCUGAGAGUGUAAAUAAUGACUGGGACGAGGAAAUGUGUGAAGAAGAGCUCCGACCGACUGAUAGUAUUAAAAAAAGCGAUAGUGUAGAACGUGAAAAAGUGGUGAACAAGAAAAACUGUGAUGUUGACAGGGUAGAUCGAAGCAAGGUUCCGACUCAAACCAUCGCUAGUGAUAGGUUGCAGUUUCAACCGUACGUUUGUGUUCAAAAACUCGAUAGUCGGAACCUUGUUAGGAAAAAAGAUUUACCUAAGCGAACUAACAGGCCGCAGAGGCGUAUGCCGGGCUCGCCGAAAUCUCCUAAAGUGUUGAGGAAACCGAGGGGAAGGUGGUAUAGAGAAAGCUAGGAAGAUGUAAAAAGAUGUAAUUUAUUUUUUUUUAUUAAUUCAUAGUUAAUUUAUACAGAUUAUAUUCUAUUUUAUACCAG